AUGUAUCACCGCGGUGUCGUGCCCACGGACACACGCGAUAGUUUGCACCGCGAGCGCUUCCACCAGUACUCGCCCGAGCAGGUCUACUACUGGCCCGACGACGUCAAUGACUUUGACCACUGGAACUACGCGUCGAUCUACGACGCGCAAAACUGGUUCUCGGACCACAUCGGCAUUGGCUGGAGAAACGGGGUGCGCCUUGUCGACGCCGCGACAACCAACGCUGACGAUGGCGUGCGCGGCACCCGCUUGGCGGCACUCACGGACGGCGUGAUGACGUUCAACAAGUCGCUCUUGGACAUCACCGACGCGCUCCAGACGUACGCUGCGACCCACAUCUUUGGCGUGAUUGCGCCGGGGCCACCUGUGUACUACAAGUACACUACUUUGCGCGCUGCAACAAUGCGGCGCAAGCGGCGUGUGACGGCUUCGCAUACGUAG